GUCACUCGCGCUGCCACCGCGCCUCAUGGCUUUCCCUGUCCUGUUCACCGCACUUCUCGUCGCGCUCUGCUCAUUUUUCGGGGCAGGGGAGGCGAGGGAAGCGGUGGAAGCCUCGGCAUUUCGGAGCCGGGCCACGGACCCCAACAUGGAGGUCAAGUUCGACUUCACGCCGUUCCUCGUCCAGUACAAGAGCGGCCGCGUGCAGCGGCUCAUGGGCACCACAGUCGUCCCGCCUUCCCUGGACGCGCGCACCGGGGUUUCCUCCAAGGACGUCGUCGUCGACCAGGGCACCGGCAUCGCUGUGCGGCUCUACCGGCCGAGCCACCAUCGUGGGGCCGGCGGCGGCAGGCUCCCUGUGCUCAUAUACUUUCAUGGCGGCGCGUUCGUCGUCGAGUCGGCGUUUGAUCCCGUGUACCACAACUACCUCAACGUGCUCACGGCCAAGGCCGGCGUCAUUGCCGUGUCGGUGAACUACCACCUCGCGCCGGAGCACCCUCUCCCCGCCGCGUACGACGAUUCGUGGACGGCGCUCAAGUGGGUGCUCGAGAACGCGCGGCACGGCGGGGACCCCUGGCUCUCCAAGCUCGGUGACACGUCCCGCCUGUUCCUCGCCGGCGACAGCGCCGGCGGCAACAUCGCGCACAACCUGGCCAUGCGCGCGGGCCAGCAACCGCACGGCAGCGCGAGGAUCAAGGGCGUGGCGCUUCUCGACCCGUACUUCCUGGGCCGGUACGUCGACCCGGCGACGCAGCGGGCGUGGGGUUUCAUCUGCGCGGGGCGGUACGGGAUGGACCACCCGUACGUGAACCCGAUGGCGCUGCCGGCGUCGGCGUGGCGGCGGCUCGCGUCCGCGCGCGUGCUGAUGACGGUGUCGGACCAGGACCGGCUCGGCCCGUGGCAGCGCGCGUACGUGGACGCCCUGCGGGCGAGCGGGUGGGCCGGCCAGGCGCAGCUGUACGAGACACCCGGCGAGGGCCACUGCUACUUCCUCAACAACCUCGCGUCGCCCAAGGCGGCCAUGCAUAUGGCCACGCUUGCCGCGUUCAUUAACGGCAGCUAGCUCUCUCUUCGGCAGCGUGGUACUGCGAUCGGAGCUCUGUAGUAUCGGCGGUGAUAACAACACAGAGCAUAUAUACUACUGUACAUGUCACUCUGUCAGUCACGAGUGACCGGAGAUAUGUUUUGCAUCUACUACUACCUUCUUUUUUUUCCUUCUUCGGGUAGACUUCUUUGUGACCUCAGCGACAGGUGAUUUCACUUGUUUACUGCGGCCGUUGAACGCACAAGUACAUCGGUUUCACAGUAGAACUUGGAACGGAAAAGUAUAUGAAUGGAGUGGGGGUCACUUCUAUCUACGACUUCUCGAACUAGAUGUAAAAUGGGGUGUUUAAUAAAGCCUUAUGAAAAAAAAUCUCAA